GACCCCGUUGGACCUUGUUAUGAACCCAGAUUUGAAAGAAAAAUUUAAAUCCCUUUUCCCAUCACUAUGUCUGUUUUGUGAAGAGAAAGUGUCCACACUGAAAUGCCAAUCCUGUGGACAGAUGGUGAUCUGUGAGGAAUGUGGUACCGAACCUAACUCUACAUGUCUUGAAUGUCAGCAACCCACAACCAGAGAAAGUGGAAUUGAGAGUCGAAAGCUGAAGGAGAAGGAUCUUCUGAAAGUGGCCAAGAAGUUAGGGAAUAAUUGGUGGCAAGUGGGGAUUUUCUUAGGAGUUGAAACUUCUGAACUGGAAAUUCACGACGAUUCUAAAGACACUGUGAAACAGGGCUACAUGGUGUUGCACAAAUGGUUUAAAAGUUGUGAUCCAGAGAAACAAACACUCAAAACACUUGGAGAUGCCCUCGAGGAAGCUGAGUGCCUUGAUGCACUCAAAUGUCUGUCAUCAGAUGUAAAGUGAAGCUCUGUGUAAAUGUUGUUGUUUAGUUUGAGGUCAAUCUCGACCAAAUACAGACCUUUGGUUAAAUGCAUUCCAGUCAUGACCAUCCUGUCUUUAUCCUUACGGUAGAGGAGCCACACACACAUUGUCCAGCGUAUUCUUCUUUAAGGGGAUAAGGUAUGAAUUGUGGUCGAUUUGGCUACUACUUCUAGCAGAUCUAUCACAAAGAAAUCCCUUUGCUGGUUCGUCUCUCCUG